AUGGCGCAAUCUCUUUCUUCCUCAGCAUGCAUCGUUUCCAAUGUCAAUGGUGAUCGUAUCCGAGAUAUACGCGUCAGAGCACGUACUAAACGUAUUGUCACACCACCAACUUGUCCGAAGAGACGAGAAGCCGUCUUCGCAGGAUUUUUCGGCCUUCAACUCUCAAUCGCUACUAGCGCACAGGCUCUUAUCCCCGCCAACGACGACGAUGACGAAGAACUUCUCGCGAAGGCAAAGGCAGGUCGCGCGGAGCGCAUCCAAGCUGAGAGAGCACUGGAGAGAAAGUAUGUCGCAAAAAAUGAGCUGAAACUUGACUUGGAUACCGCACGAGUUCAGGUGGCUGUAUACAAGCUCAGUAAAGCAGGUUCUCUCAUUGAGUCUGGCUAUUUAGCACUCGCAGCUGAGGAGCUCGCACACGGCAGCUGGGAAGACGAACUGCAAGCGGCAGCAGGCAACCUUGGAUAUCAACCGCAAACAUUCAUUAAAAAUGUUGAAGAAUUGCGACGUGCAUGCAUAGAUGGCGAAGUUGACAAGGCGAAACUAGCCUACAUCACCGCCGCCCGCUCCCUUGAAGACUAUGCCCUUGCGUCUAACACAGCAGGAAACCUUAAACUUCUGUGAAGCUUCUCUGUAGUACAUAAGCUCAAAAUGGGACCUGCGGGACCGGCAGCGUGACGCAAUCUUGCGGUGAAAUCCGAACCCUCACUGUUUUCCAUACCCAAUCACACCCAAAACUUUAUAAAAAACUCUGUCAGUCUGUGAAGAAUCAAAAGAAAUCACAUAAAAUUUCAUGAAAUCCCUUUCCACACGUAAUUAUUUUAAAUGUUUUAUCAUAUCAUAGUUAAAAAAAUUACUAAUUUACUACCUUCAUUCGUACU